UGAUCCACUGCAGGUGUAAGUAAACCUGCCUGAAUAUCACCUGCUUAUAGCUGGGUGGAGACACAGCAGGGUGAGUUAAAUAGAAACUCCUCAGACCUACAGACCGGGGUGUGACGACCAUCUGCAGGAGCACAGAAACAAUUUUUGUCUAGUUUCAACUUUCCAGCUAAGCACAGAUGGCCUUUUUCAAGAAAUUCUUCAAAGACAUCAUUCAUGACCGAGAGGUCGAUGAAGAAACGGUCAAGGUGAAGGGAAAGAAGAAGCCCAAGUAUUAUGGAACAGUCUCAGAGUAUCCCAACUUCAGUGCCAGCAGUGAUGCUUCUGUUCUCCAGAACGCCAUCGAACAUCACGAUGUGGAUGAGGAUGUGAUCAUUUCAGUGCUGGUGAAGAGAAACAACGAGCAGAGGCAGAAGAUCAAAGUUGUUUACGAAGCUUCAACUGGAGAGAGGCUGGAAGAGGCUCUGGAGUCAGCUCUGCGCUCAGAUUUGGAGGAUGUCACAAUGGCUCUGAUCAUGACGCCUGCUCGCUUUGAUGCCUACGAGCUCAGGGAGGCCACAAGGGGUCUGGGCACGGAUGAAGACGUGCUCACAGAGAUUCUGGCAACCAGAACAAAUGACGAAAUCCGGGAGAUUAAGAGGGUCUACAAAGAAGUGUACGGAAAAGACCUGGCGGAGGUCAUCGAGGAUGAGACCAGUGGUGACUUCACCACAGCACUGCUGGAGCUGCUGAAGGCUGAAAGAGAUGAGAGUGAUGAGGUCGACAUGGAUCAGGUCCGACGUGACACAGAGACUCUUUUUGAAGCCGCUGAGCAUCCCGAGGGAAUCAAUGUUGCUGCCUUCAUUAAAAUCCUGACCUCCAGGAACCAUAAGCAGCUCGCUAAGACAUUCCAGCAGUACAAGUUAGCCAGUGACAUGUCAUUACCUAAAGCCCUGGACAUGGAGCUGAAGGGAGACAUUGAAGACUGUCUCAUCGACAUCGUGAAGUGCGCCUGGAGCACACCAGCCUUCUUCGCUGAGAAGCUCCAUAAGGCCAUGGACCGUCACGGCACAUGUGAGCAGUCUCUGAUCCGGGUGCUGGUGAGCCGCUCGGAGGAGGACCUGAAGAAGAUUGUGGAGGAGUUCCGGGCCAUGUAUGGAGUCAGCUUGCAGGAUUCCAUCGUGAAUGAGACAGAUGGACAUUAUCAGGCCGUCCUGCUAGGAUUGUGCGGGCCUUUCUGAAGUUCUGGUGCAACACCUUCACUGAACAUAAAGCCUCAUUCACCAGAAGAAACUAAAGUCUUACAUCAUGUAGAAAUAUUAAAUGUCUAAAGAAGCUGAUAUUUUACCCCCUCAUUAAAAGAUCUUACCCUCUUUAUGUCUUAAACAAGUGGUAACAACAGCUUUUUCACAGUAAUUCUUAUCCUGUUAGGCAAUAUGUUUUCAACAGUUUGAGCAUGGGUUUGAUUCUGUCUUUGUACUGUGUCUUCUUUCCGAUACAUCAGAUCAGAUGAGGUUUGGAUUCAAAACCUGUGAGCUGAUGACAUAAAUAAAAAUGUUACCUUAAAUAAAAAAGAGUGCCUUUGUUA